AUGUCGGCAAAUCUGGAUAUCGACUACACGCGGCGGAACAAGAAGGCACGAUUGCUUACAGAUGCGGAGAGGGACAAGCUGGAUGAGUUCAUUGAUUCGAUUCACUACUCUUCGCGGUACAGCGACGACCACUUCGAAUACCGCCACGUCCAAUUACCCAAACAGAUGCUUAAAGCGAUCCCCAAAGAGUACUUCGAUGGCGCAAGAGGGACUUUGAAGCUGCUGUGGGAGGAUGAGUGGAGAGGUCUUGGUAUCACCCAGAGCUUGGGCUGGGAGCACUACGAGGUGCAUGAACCGGAACCGCAUAUUCUGCUGUUCAAGAGACCGAUCAAUUUCCAAGCCCAGCAGCAGUGA